AUGGAAGACUGGCUCGCUGACACGGUGAAGAGCAUUCAGAUGAAGGAUGGGGACUCUAUUCUUGAGAUCGGCUGCGGGACAGGCAUGAUUUUAUUUUCACUCGAAUCACGUGAAUCAUACCUUGACGCUGAGUUUCUGGAAGACGUCCUCAAGCGUGCCAUACAAAACGGGUAUCGUCACUUUGACGAAUCAGAAGUUUACACAACGGAACCCGUGCUGGGACGUGCCCUCAAGGCUUUCCCCAACAUCCCUCGGAGCGAGCUAUUUAUCACAAGCAAAGUCCACCCUUGGAUGGGAAUCAAAGACAAGGAUGUCGAAGGGGCCCUUCGUAAGAGUUUGGAGGCGCUUGGACUCGAUUACGUUGAUCUAUACCUGAUACACACCCCGUUUAUGGAAAUCGGCGGUCUCAGCCUCGAGGAGGCGUGGGCGAGCAUGGAGGCCGUCAAGGCCAACGGUCUCGCCCGCCAUAUCGGCGUCUCCAACUUCCGUCCGAACUCUCUGGAGCGUUUGCUCAGAUGCGCGAGGGAGAAGCCGGAAGUGAACCAGAUCGAGCUGCACCCGUACCACUACGAGCAUGACACGGUCGAGUGCUGCCGCGGGCAUGAUAUCAGGAUCGCAGCCUAUGGCCCACUCACGCCGGUUGGACGCAGCGCGAACGGUCCCCUUCGUCCGAUCCUGGAUUCGAUGGCAGGGAAAUACAAGGUGACGCCUGGCCAGGUUCUUCUCAAAUGGCAGCACCAACAGGGCUUUUUGACGAUCACGACGACGACGAAAGAUGAAAGGCAGAAGGCGCAACUGGUUCUUGAUUUUAGUUUGGAGGAGGGUGAUGUUCGGUUGAUCACGGAGGAAGGCGCCAAGUUCCCACAACAACUAUGUGGGUGGGGCACCGGCUCCCCCAGAGAAGGCGAGACCAUAGACUACGAAGAGCUGCUGUCGAAGAGUUUAUAAAGUUGUAUUUUUUCGUAGAUGGCAUUCUCUGAAGGUUCGAACAUAGGAAACAAAUUAGCUGAAAAAGCGUGUGGGGGC